AUUUAGGUAAUGACUAUAAGAACAAUAGCAGUUAGCGUGCUGGUUAAAUGAAGUCUGAGGAGUGAAAAUGGUUUGUGACGGCGUUGUGUGUGUUCCUAAUGAACAAAGCAUUUGUGUUAGAGAGAGCGCCAAUAGAAUAGAAUAGUGGCGGGCGUCUUGUGUUUCGAACGGUGGCAGAGAAGACGGUCCAAUAGUCAACGGGUGACGUAGAACGUUCUAUCGAAUAGCAGUCGAGCGCGUUCGAGACGCCCAAUCAGCGCAGGGCGGCGUUAUGGCUUAAAAAAGGCCGCGUUCGAGCACGCCGUUUAUUCUGUUUUUCUAUCCGUGAGGUGUAGAGCUUCGACGCUAUGGCAAGAACCAAGCAGACCGCCCGUAAGUCCACCGGUGGCAAGGCGCCAAGGAAGCAGCUCGCCACUAAAGCUGCCCGCAAGAGCGCGCCGGCUACCGGCGGCGUGAAGAAGCCUCACCGUUACAGGCCCGGCACCGUGGCUCUGAGGGAGAUCCGCCGUUAUCAGAAGUCUACGGAGUUACUCAUCCGCAAGCUGCCCUUCCAGCGCCUAGUGAGAGAAAUCGCUCAGGACUUCAAGACCGACUUGCGUUUCCAGAGCUCGGCCGUCAUGGCUCUGCAGGAGGCGAGCGAGGCAUACCUGGUUGGUCUGUUCGAGGACACCAACCUGUGUGCUAUCCACGCCAAGAGAGUGACCAUCAUGCCCAAGGAUAUUCAGCUGGCCCGCCGUAUUCGCGGAGAGCGCGCGCGGCGUUGUGUCUUGUGUUGGAUGGAGCUUGACUGCCCUCGUGUGUCUACCUUCGGGAACGGCAAUUUCCCCAGAAGCGGUAUUCUGGGUGGCGUUGUGUGUUGCGCUGGAUGGAGCUUGACUGCCCUCGUGUGCCCAACCUCGGGAACGGCAGUUUCCCAGCAGCGGUAUUCUGUCAUAAGUGUACAUUUGUAGGUAGGCCCGAGUGGGGUGAGAAAUAUAACAUGGUUAAUAUUACUGUGUCCCCUUUUUAACCCGUUCAUGAUCAUUAUUGUUUCCAUUACAAAGAUAAAGGUAAUGUUCUUCCUUAUUUGUGGAUAUUCUCGAAGUGAAAUAGAUGAGGCCACCUAGGGAACACUAAGUUACCUAGGAGAAGUGAUUAGAAUGAAAUGUCUAAUAACAUUAGAAAUACAUUAAUAAUGUUAUUAUGAUAGAAAUCAAGGUGUGUACUUUAACAUUAUAAAAUAUACAUAGCAGUACAUUCAUAAUCAUCACCAUGAUGUAUGAUUAUGUUUUAAAUGUGUUGUGGUGCUGUCCAUAUACCAUCUGUCUGGCCGGCGCGCGCACACAUAUAGUGAGAUCCGAGCAGUGUUCCGAGUUCUAGAACUAUCCUGAUGGUAUGAUUGAUGAUUUCCCCAUUUAUGACGCCGUGAGUUUUCAAAAGUUGUGGUGUCUGAGCUGGCCUCUGUAUUCAUUUGAACCGAGCUGUAUUGAAUCAUUGGUGAAUCUAACCUUUUCAUUUGGUUUGUUUCUUUGUUUGUGAACCUAGCGUGUUUAAGAAUGGACAUUGUCACAAAGCAGCUGUACAGAUAUCUGGAUAUAUAAUUCCCAUGUAAAAGAAAAGGGAAAAAAACCUUUCCAUGUCAAGUGAUGAGGGUAUGUUCUUUAAAAAUGAGAAUGAUUUGUAUGCAAUUCAGAAGACCAUCAUGCAGAGGAUUGUGGCCUACUGAAAUGCUGGCAGUGUGGCCACAAAUCGAAAGAAUGCACCAACACCGCCUCCUGCACUGUGUGCAGAGCUGGGUCACACUUUUUUUUUCCUGCCCAAGAUCAUACGCUAACCGUUUUAAAAGAAACAGUCAAAAAUCAUCGGUUUUGCCAGGCCAAUCCCAAAAAAGAAAUAAAGAUGAAGAGCAGGAUAUUGAAAAAACUGAAGGAUCAACCACCAUCAAUGACAAAGAUAAGCCAGACACUGUGGAAUCCACUGUAAAUUCAAAACAGGAUCAUGGGAAAUAAGUAAACUCUUUGUCCGACAGUGAAGACAGUGUUUCGGGAACAUCAGAUGAAGAGGACAACCCUUCUGAUGGAGCAUCUGGGAGUAACUUCAGCGAGGAUUCCCUAACUCCUGCUGGAAGACCCAUCACCCAUACAAGCGAGGAAUAGCCAGGGUGGAAAGAAUGGAGAAGGAAUGUGUCAUAUGUAUGCCUGCUUUAAAAUAUUAUGUCGUUUUCAGAUUUAACUGUUGCUCCAUGCAAUGUUGGAGGUAUACAGGCAAAAAUUAAUAGAGUUAAAAAGUCGAAAUACCACCUACUGUAAUCGAGACCAAGAUGGAGAGCUCCUCUUGCAGUCCAGCUGGUUGAAUGUGGAAAACAUUCGUUCAUCAGCUUACCAAACCGGAAAGAGUUUGAGCUUUGUUCUAACAGUGAACGUGCUCUGAUUGUCUUUUUAGAGCUAUUUAAUACCAACGAUGACAGUUGGAAAGACUUUUGUCCCCCAUCAAUAUGGACAUCAAGACGAUUGUCAUCACAUUUUGGACCGGCCGAAUUAUGGAUGAUGUUGAACUUUAUAUUAAACGUUACUGAGACAUUUUAAAACCCGUCGAAAAACCAGUAGAUCAAUUUGGUCUUUGGUCCGGAGUCCAUCAGUAUCAAGUUAAAUUAAAAAAAAUGUAAAUGGCCAAUAUGUUAACAUUCCAAAGAGAAUCUCUCUAGGCCCGUAUAAUGGGCAGAAUAUUUAUCGAGGACAAGUUGCUAGAAGUUUUAUUUGCCAGUCUGAAGAUCACCAUGCAAAAAAUUGUGACCUUACUAAAUGCUGGCAAUGUGGCCAAUUGGGACAUAAAAGGAAUGUACAAACGUCUCUUUGUGCACUUUACGUGGAGCCUCGGGACAUCAUUUGUUUUCGUGCCUGAACUCCUACGCUAAUCGGUUUAAUUCAAGUAUUCGCGAGAAUCCUUCGGAUCUACCUUCUCUUCUUCUUCCUGCUUCGGAGCAGGAAGCAGAAACAGAAAAAUAUCCAAAGUGAAGAAAUUGUUACGUUCGUCAUUGAGGAGAAAACCGAGAAUACAGAGUUUACAUUACACCUGGAACAAGACGACGGGGAAAAAGUGGAUAAUUCCAGUGACGAGGAGAGCAGCUCCACAGACAGCGACACUGAGACAACUGACGAAGAUACUGGCUCCGAAGGAGCUUCAAGAUAUACAUUCAGCAAGGACUCCCUUGCAACGCAUGAGAAGAUGAACACUUUUACUCAAGCAACAACAGAAAAUCAGGGAGGACUUAAAAGAAAAGAAAAAGUCGAGAGACACUUUUACCCUUAUUACAACCCCCUUUUCGGAACCGACGGGAACUAGGCCUACUUCUCCGAUUGAACAGGAUUUAAAGCGUCUGAGAUUUUAACAGAGGUGUUCUUAUCACACAUCAUAAAAGACAAUCUUAGCAUCCGUUAAUUUUAAUUGUAGGAGAAAACUGGUUAAUUUUGAGCUUUUUUCCGCUAUUAUCGUCUUCCUGGUUUAAAAUCUCGCCAUGUGCCUGUGACGUGGUAAUGUACUAUAGUACAUUGAUGAGGCAUAGGUGUCUGUUAUUCAUGAGCCAGUAUGUUCCUAUCUUAUGAGAAGAUGCUGUCUUAAUUAGUCAUGACAGCACGUGGUGCUUUCCUACAGCUGUAGUAGAUGAGAGAAGCGUUCUAAUGGGAAGGAGGUGUUUGUUUCAGUGGUGCAAGAGUUCGAGUGUGUUUUCUUGGGAGAGCUAUGAGAAUUGGAUAACAGUGGACUUCGGACUUGCUCAUGAAAGCAGCUUGCGUCAACACAAUGAUCCCGAGGACUUUUCCAUACCUUCAAAUGAGGUACAUGUGUAAUUUUUAACCAACAGUUUUACUUGCCUUUUGAGCUAAUAAAACCGCUUAAAGCUCCGCGGGCCGUCACGUGCAAAACUAUACAACGAGAGUCCGGGUUGAAGGGAAGAGCCUUCACCUUUUAUUGGUGAAAAGCUCGAGCCUAUUAGCUAGCUACCAUUCCGACACUUCUCUCAUCAACGCUGCCUCCAGUUUUGUUUUAUGUUUUCCUCCAUAGUCUCUCCAGGGGCUAAUGGUUCAAAUAGAUGGGGCAGAGGACCUGCACUGCUAUCUAUUGUGUCUCCAUUUAGAACUGGGGAUUCGGGAGGAGAGAAGUCCUCUGCCUCAUCUGCAAACUUUUUGUCGCUAAAAACACAUCUUUAUUGCGAGUGUUCUGAAGGCUUGCCUGUCUUUGACCUAUUCCCGUAAGGAUGAUAUACAGGCUUGGUUGUCUGUGCCAAAUAGCUGUAAGGCCGAUAUAGUGGCUUUACAGUGAAAACGUUAUCCCCGUAAGGCUGGUAUACCGGCAUUACUCUGCUAUGAUUCCUUACUUAUUUAAUUAUUAUUUUUUGACCCGGAAGGUUGAUGACGUCACGACGUCAUUACGAUGAAGAUGAUCCAAGCGUGAAUGUUGUUGAUAAACUUAUGAUGUAAUAGUAGAAGUUAACUAAAAAUGCCAAAGCGAAAAGCUAAUCGUGUUCCAGCUAAAGUUACACCUACAGUGAACACAGGUACAUCUAAAACAGUGAAAAAAAGAAAAUGUACACAGUUACACAGGCGAGAGCAAGGACUCUAGAUAGUGACAGCAGUGAAAGUUCAGGCGAUGUUGAAACCGAAACUGAUAGUGACGCAAACUCUCAUGAUUCAUUUGAUUUGGCACUAAAUUGCAUUUAUUCAAGGGCAUUGACCACGCUGAUGCUUGUAUGGUACUUCUAAAUGAGUAUAAGGAUUUUAGCAAGAAUUUUUCGUAAUUUCUCUAGUUAAGAAUUGUGCUCUAAGUGGAGUAAAAACACUGAACUGCUUCAUUUUCAAAGUAAUAUUACACAAAUACAUUAUUAUAAGUUGUUUCAAGGCCUAAAAAUGUUAAAAUUAAAAUGUUGAUUUUGGGGCCCAAUUUUGGCCCGGGAACUCAGGGUUGGCGUGCUGUUUCUAUGGGGAAUAUAGGGUUGUGGGACAUAAUACUGUGGGAACUAAGGGGUAAGAGGGUUAAAGAAGAGAGGACAGGAUUUAACAUCACCAGAUUUGGGCAGUACCGUCAUCAGUACAACGAACUGAGAUAAGAGGAAAUUGAAAACCCGACUUAUGUGGACAUAUGACUUUAAUGUUUUAACAUCUCAUGGUUCCCUCUAUGUUAACUGUUCUUACUUGUAAUGUUCAGUCGAUAUCCAAUAGAUACAAAAAACUAAAUAUAUUAAGUCAAGAAUGUUUGGAUAUUUCAUGUAUCCAAGAAACUAGACUAAUUCGUAUGAGGAUGUUGAUAGUACAAAAAUAUGGUCUAAAGGUUCGUCUGUGUUCUCAAUCGGAGAAAGCAAAGCCGAUGGAAUAGCGAUUUUAUUUUUUC